AAGGGCCCCGCGGUGCUUGACUACCGCCCCCGACGCUUCCGACUGUGCCAAACUCGUGAAGGCGCUCUCCGCCGGGGACUGGGAAGAUGCUGGUUGCGGAGGCCGCCGAGCGGAACAAGGAGCCCAUCCUGCAGGUGUUGCGGCAGUACUUGGACUCGGCCCAGCGCGGGGUCCGCGUGCUGGAAGUGGCCUCGGGCUCGGGCCAGCACACAGCCCACUUCGCGCGAGCCUUUCCCCAUGCGGAGUGGCAGCCGUCCGACGUGGACCAGCGCUGCCUGGACAGCUUCCUCCAAGCAGGAUUGCAGGGGCUCAGAAAAGGCUGCACAGGCCACCCCCACCACGGGCUGUCCUCCCGCAGCAUCUUGGCCACCACUCAGGCCCACGGGCUGCCCAACGUGAAGGCCCCGAUGUAUCUGGACGUGACCUGGGAUUGGAAGCAGUGGGGCGGGAUCUUGCCGCAGUCGCUGGACCUGCUGCUCUGCAUCAACAUGAGCCACAUCAGCCCCCUGAGUUGCACCGAGGGCCUGUUCAGAGCAGCAGGACACCUGCUCAAACCCAAGGCUGUGCUCAUCACCUAUGGGGCCUAUGCCGUCAAUGGGAAGAUUUCUCCCCAAAGUAACGUGGAUUUUGACCUGACUCUCAGAUGCAGGAACCCCGAAUGGGGGCUGCGGGACACCUCCCUUCUCAAGGACCUGGGCCAGGCCAGUGGCCUGCUCCUGGAGAGGAUGGUGGACAUGCCAGCCAACAACAAGUGCCUAAUUUUCCGGAAACAGUAACUCCCUCUUCUGCGAUGCCUGUGUCCCUGGACAAAGCCCCUGCCGUCCUGGGCCAGACUGCGGGGCGUGGCCCUGCCCAGACUGGGGAUUUGUGACCAGUGGCCACAGGGCUGCUGAGAACCUGAGAAUAAAGUGUUUCCUGCUGCCCCA